AUGUCAAAGUCUAGUAACUCAUAUAGUGUAUUAGAUGAUAAUAGUAUAGAAGAUGAUGCUUAUGAGAGGAAUGGACCUGCAAUCAGUCUAGAGGACAGUGGUUCGAUUGGACACAAUGCACUCAAUAUGAGUACAAGUGGCGAGGUGUCUCCAAUGCUUACACAUUCAUAUGAUGACGAUGAUAUAAAAGAUAAUGAAUCAUUGAUGACAAUGCAUGAGAGACAACCAAGUAGUAGGAUAAUGACAGAGUCUUAUGAUGAUGUGGAUGUAUAUGGUGGUGGUGGAGGUGGAGGAGGCAUUGGAGAGAUGAACUUUAUAAUGAAUGAUAUUAAGAUGCUUGAGGAGGACGAUGAGGAAGAUGCCGGUACAAUGUUUGAAGGCAGUAGUCAUAUACGGCAUCAUUCAAAAUCAAUGCCCACAGGCAAAUGGAAGAAGUUAAAGUUCUACGUCUGUCUCUCAUCAUACUGGUUCGCGUACAGUGCCAUCAUGAGUGCAAUGACAUCCAUCAUUUGGCCCAAUCAGAUCAAUUACAUUGUUGGAGAGGAGUUGAAGGAGAAGUAUACAGGAUGGAUGCCAUUGUUUGGAGUAUUGGUAUCUAUUACGACUGCACCAUUGGCUGGAUGGCUGUCUGAUCACUCAAAGAACAAGUUUGGAAAGAGACGUGUGUUUAUAAUGUCGGGAACAUUGGUGGCAUCGUUGUUCCUUUUCCUGUCGGCAUUCCCAGGCCAUCAAAUUCAUCUGUUCAUCUUCUGCACCAUUGGCGUCCAGUUUGGAAUCAAUUGGGGCGGAGGUCCAUUCGCCGGCCUCAUGCCAGACCUGGUGCCACGCGAACGCUUUGGCGAAGCCAGCGGCUUCCUGGCGUUUGCCAACGCGCUUGGCAACCUGUUUGGCCUGUCUGGUGUCGCCCUGCUCAUGCUCAGGAACGAGAAGGGCGCGCCACCACCUCUGCUCAUGGAAUAUUUAUAUCUAAUCAUUGUACUUCUAUUAUUCACCCUGCCUACGUUAAUAGGCGUGCGCGAGACACCUCAGACCGGCUUCGUGCCCAAGCUCACAGUCAAGCGCUUCUUCAAAUCGUUUCACCUGCCGCGCGACACCUACCAGAACUUCCACUGGGUGAUCAUCACGCGAUUCUUCCAGGAGAUGGGCGUGUACUCGGUGCUCGAGUACUUCCAGUUCUACCUCAAGGACGUCAUCCACGUGGAAAACGGAGCACUCUACGCAUCCUACCUGCUCAUCGUCAUUGUCGUCACCAGUGUGCCGACCAGCAUCAUUGCCGGCCCGCUCUCGGAUCGCUACGGCCGCAAGCUCUGCGUCUAUAUUUCCAGUGGCGUGAUGGCAUUGUGCACGCUGGGCUUCAUGCUGCUCAGCUUCAAGCCGUCGCUGUUGAUGGUGUUUGUCGUGGGCGGUCUAUUUGGCAUGGGCUACGGCGCGUACCAGGCUGUGGACUGGGCGCUGGCACUGGACGUGCUGCCAGAGAACGCAGACAUUGCCAAGGACAUGGGCAUAUGGCAUCAAUCGAUGAUGAUCCCGCAGGCACUGUCCCCACUGAUCAGUGGACUGAUAAUCGACUCGCUCAAGGCCAAGUACAGCUACGCCGUUGCCUACACCGUCGUGUUCUCGGUAACAGUGUUCUGGUUCAUAAUGGCCACCAUCAUGAUCAAGCCCAUCCAGCUCACAAAGAAGGGCAACUUCAUCCCAUUACAGAAGCAGAUCGUACUCAAUCAAUCGACAGAGUUGUAG